GGGGAGGGGCGAGGGCGGCACCCGGCCGGGCGGGAAGGGACGCGGGGCCGGGAAACGGGGGAUUCCUGUGGGAAGGCGAGCCUCUGGUCUGAGCGGCCGGGUAUUGUUAGCGCUGUGUUUUCUGCGGGACGAGCGGCCGAUCCCCCGGGGAUGGAGCGAACGCACCGGUUGGAGCUGUUCCCUGAGCGCAGCGUCACGCUGCUCCUCUUCCAGCACGUGAAAAAUGCCGCUGCUCUGCGGAAAAAAGCCAUGGAAGGGUCCAUUGAGGGAGCACUGAUAAACCCUGCCAUGAUUGUAGAUCCUUUUCAGAUUCUUGUGGCAGCCAACAAAGCAGUGCAUCUACAGAAGAUAGGUAAAAUGAAGACUAGAACACUCUAUUCAGAAAUUAUUUUCAGCCUUUCACCAAGCAACAAUAUUUCAGAUGCAUUUAAAAAGUUUGGCAUUUCAGACAGCGACACAGCAGUACUCAUUGUGCUGGUGGUGGAUGGAGACAAGAAUGUAAAUCUGGCAGAUAUAACAUCUCAGGUGGAAGGCCAGCAGGUUUCCUUAGAUGAACUCCCCCAGCUAACAGACACUGCCAAAGUUAAAAAGAUGUACAAAAUUACUCCACAGGAAGAAAAAAUCGGCACCUUAUUGGAUAGUGUUGUUUGCAGAAUGUCAACAAAAGAUGUUUUGUGAAAAGGUGGAAAUAAAUUUCAGAGGAAGUGAA